AUGGGCGAGAACGAGGGGUACGAGGAGUAUGACUGGCUGCAGAACUUCCUCCCGCACGGAGGCCAGGCCGCAUACGAUCUUAUCCAGGACGAGGGAGUCGAACAGGCAUACCAGGCAUUUCAAGGCGCGGAAGAUGUAGCGAACUCGAAUUCGAUACACUCGCAAGUACAGAAUGCGCCCCCGGCUAGAUCCUCGAACCAUGGCGUCAAUCGAGUCCCGAACGCUUCCAUGGCGUACUCGCAAUUACGGACUGAACGUGACGGAGGUCAAUCCAGACAUCCCAAUGUUAGACAGCAACCCUCGGCUUUUGCCCAACCGUCGUCUAGAUCUGAACAUCAGCCAAAUCACUUCCCUCAAAGAACCCCGAGCUUUAAUCCUCCGAAUACACUCCAGCAGUACCUCAGUCAACACGCGCAGACCCAACACGCUUCAUUCGCAACCCAACAACGUGCACAUGGUCAACCCGCACGCAAUCCGCAGCAAGGGAAUCAUGGCACUUCCAAUGCGAAUCUUUCUGCCUCUACAACGGGUGCUGCUAGGAGGGUUUCAGGCGGCCAACAAACCACGAGACCGACUUCUUUCGCGCAAACACCAGGCACCGCGGCGCGGCGAGGUCAAGCCGGAUCGGGGAACCAGUAUCAACAAUCUGUGCCACGCUCAGGUCACCAUGUGCAAUCCGGCCAUGGCGGACAGCCACAUUAUGGCGAUCCAUUUGCUGAAAUUCGUAGACGGAAUCAAAUCAUGAUGAUGAACCCGAAUCGAGAGUACAAUUGGCCCCCAAUCCCACCCAGCGAGUUUCAAAAUUCUCUGGCCUCAACAAACAGCCCGCAGCCUCCUCCCCGAGUCACACAUUCACCGAUUACAAGGCCUCAAACCACUCCUCAAGGUCACUCCUCGGUUCCGGGUCGAGGUGUUCUACGACCGCCUAACUCUGCCUCGCUUCAAGCAAACCACCCAUCAACCAUUGCUCGAAGUCAACAAGGAACAGCGCAGCAUGGUCAAGGCCCAUCACAACUCCAAUCUCUCAACCCAGCUCAGAUUGCCCUUAGGCCACCCCACCAGCUCAAUGCUUUGCGGCACAGAGAAGGAAUUGAGACGUCCGUCGCUCGUGCCAAUUUUGACGCAGAACAUCCAACACUUGCACCUGAACAUGCCUCAGAAAGACCACUCGACUCUCAAAGAGCACAGCAACCAUCCAAAACCCAGUUCCAACAUAUCACUCAUGGAAAUGCGCAGCCGCCAGUGGCGCCUGAGGGAAUGACAAGGUCUGAGCCCAUCCUAAUCAACAGCUCGACUCCCUCGCCAGUUGAGCAGCCAGUUGCAUCGCCUGCGCCAGAAAGCAGUGGUUUCAAUGCUCCUGUCAUUGCUUCUACGCCCCAGGAGCAGCUUAUCGCACAUCGUAACGACCACGGAAAACUUGCGCCGGCAUACCAGGGCGCAAUUACCACUCAUGGAUCAUUUAAUCCAGGAUUCUCCUAUCCAGCUCACCUUCCAGUAUCCUAUUCUGGCACCACACUCUCAAAAUCCGUUGCAGCACAAGCACGCCCUAGACCAGGACGAAAGUCAGAUAUCUAUCAGCCACGACCCCGAUUGCUUUCGGAUCCAAUCGUGUCUACUGAUCAGGACAGGGGCUCGACCGAGCCACCCAAGAAGGUCAGACGCCUGAAUCAGCCCAAACGUCAACCAUAUGUCCCGAAAACACGUCCAACCAUGCCGCAUUCGGUCGCUCGUUCGUGGCAGCAUCCUCCUACUGAGGAUUCUUCACAGCCUCGUACAGGAAAGAUUCUCAAAAAUCGUGAUGACCUGGUUCAGCCAACGGUAGACAUUUUAGAACCCGAUGAGAUACGCUAUGAUCCUGCUCUAAUUGUGAGGAGUCUUCUCGUUGCCGCAGGACAACAUCCGAAUGAAGAGCCCUUGAAUGACCAUCUGGAAGAACUUGAAAAAAGAUUUGUCAGAAUAGAUGGCAGAUCAGACUUGCGAACAUUCCGCUGGGAUAUGGUGGAUGCCAAAAAUCCAGCAGUGGUCAUAAAGGAACCAGCGCCAGCCCCAGCGGCUCUUGCACCUCCUGUGUAUCAUGCCCCCAAGCUCAAUCCCGGUUCAAUGGCUCUCCCCGUCCCAGGAAACCCCCGGGCCUCGAUCCAGGUACCAGGCCUGACCCAACCCUCUGUUCGGUGGUCUCUCCAGCAGCAGGGCCCAGCUCCGCAUCCGCGUGGUGGUCCGCCCACGCAGCCAAAUAUCCCGCCAUAUGACGGGCCACGUGACGCGCCGCCCGCGGGCACGCGGCUGACCCCCACAACAAUACCGAUCGACGCGUGCCCCCCUUCAAACAGGCUAAAUGCCCAAGGCACUGGGCCUUUGAAGACUCCGUCUUAUCCUUCUCCUUCAAUUAUUGUCCCCACCUCUGUGUCUAAAUUUCCUAAGACUUCUUCGUCAUCCACCCCGAUUGUGUCCAUACCCAUCUCACCGCAUCGCAAACUACCCACCACCACUCGCGAGACCAAAUCGCCUUCUCAACCCAAACAAAGUACCCCGAAGGUUACUCCAGGCGCGAAACCAGACGUCAAUGUACCCACGUCCACAGGGAAGUCUCAACCCGCUUCUAGUCAGGUAUUCAAAUCCCCAGAGACAAGCCGUCUCCCGCAACCAAAAGUGGUGAUCACACCUUCACCGCAAAAGAUGACUGAAAGGCGCAAGCCAGGUCGCCCGCCCAAGAAUCCAGCUCCGGGCGUGGAAGUGAGGGUUCCUGAAGCGAAGCCUUUGGUGAAGUACCCUGUUUACGCGUGUCAGUGGAAAAGCUGUGCUGCGGAACUGCACAACCUGGAAGGCAUUAAAGCCCAUGUGGUCAAGACCCACGUGCCUCAUCAUCUUGUCUGCCAGUGGAAAGGCUGUGAACACACGACACCCAUGGCGGCAGCGGGCAUGUAUGCACAUGUUACAAAGGAGCACAUCAUGAAGUUGGCUUGGCAGCUUGGGGAUGGACCUACGGUACCAGAACCUGUGGCACUCACCUUAGAAGAACCUUCCAGCCCCACCCCACCCAGCGCUCCCAAGGCCACUAUGAUCCUACCCGUCAAUGUGACCCAACUCCAAGCUUAUAGCAAGGUGUAUGGGAUCAGAUCUGAAAUAGAGAAAGCUGAAGCUAUCCUCGAUGCAGGACGUCAUUGGAAGCAGCAAAUUGGACCAGAUCUAGAUCAGGAUUCCCGCCGCCUCUCAUCACCUCCUCGACAGGCAAAUGUCUAUUGUGCUGAAACCGCUUUCAUCUCACCUGAAUAA